UGGAAAGCGCGAUGUUCAAAUCGAUUUCCGGCUGUGGGCGCCUUAGCCAAGACGUCAUGGAGCACCGUGAGAGCAGUGCGCCGAGGACCCCAUUUACAAGCAUUUCUCUUCAGAGGAGAAGCAGGAACAAGAGCUGCCGUUUGUCAUACCACAGCAGCAUCGGAACCGCCUCAAGUUAUCGAUUCAGGCCUCGACGAUCAGCACCAAGAGAAAAUCCCCAGACGUUAACCGACAACACUGAGAAGGUGAACGUUGCGCUACUGGCCGGGCAAGAGUGGCGACUGUCGUAUGUGACUCCUCUGCACCAGUUCAGAUACACCCAGCUGAAGGUCUACUCCCGGCAGCUUUCAGCAUUCCUUUUGGCUGAGAAGCAAAGGGGUAUUGCUGUGGAUGUCGAGCUGCAGGGCAGCUUCACAGUCUCCUUCUCUAUGGUAGAUUGGAUGACCAACACGGAUGAUUAUGCCAAGACUCUUUUUAUACAGGUCAAUUCCAAGUCUUUGUUUGGCGCUGUGGAUCAAGCACAGAAGUCAGUGUGGAAAGGCUGGCUGUCCUGCAAUAAUGGCGAACCAAAUUACCUGAACUCCUUACCGAAAGACUUAAUUUUGCUUCCGCUGUUUGGCUGUAGCGGCUCAGAGGUCAUUGGCAGCCUAGUCAAAAACUGGUUCCAGUUAAACUUUGACUGCUGCUUUGGCCCGCUGGAAAUCAAUCACACCAAUCUGCAGUGGCUAGCAGCUCUUUGGACUAACUGCCACAAUGAGACGAAUAUUCAAAAUCUGGAAUUGGUCUGGACUCUUCCGGUUGUUCCCCUGCUGCACGUUGCAUAUAGCAUCAAUUCCAAGGAGGUUUGGGAGCUGUGGUGCAGCGUGAGAAACAAUCCACGGGAGGAGGAAUGUGGAAGUGAGGACAUUGAUGACGAGAGCAUUUACAUUGAGGAGGUAUUAAGGUUCAUAAAGGGGCUGCAGACUCACUUCUUCAGACACUUCAGAUUGGACCUGACGGCAGGAAACCUCAGUCAAGUGUCCACAGCUGUGGGUUCGGCAAAGCAUGGCGGAAGAAUCAAGAUCAACAACGGCAAACACUUGAUGAGCACGCUGACCCUGCUGACAGAGUGUGCCCUUCUUAAAAUGCCUAUUUAAGCAUAUCUGUACAUUGCAUGGUAGCAGACAAUUAUUUCCAUCACAUUUCUGGACUUCUUCCAAUUAUGUUGCAUGUCACAGUUUCCUACAAUUAUGGAUUUAAUGUUUUUUUCUUUCUUUUCUCAUUUGCUUUUUCCACUUGUGAAUACAUAAUUGUGCAUCACUGUGUAAAUUGUUGUCUUUUAUCCAUUUAUAGUUUGAAUAAUUUCCUACAAUGUUUUUGCAUUUUUGUUUAUAUGUUGUUUCUAAAUUAAACACAAACAUUUCAUAAAAUUAAAAAGGUUUGGCUUAAUUUAAUUGAAAAAGAAUUGGGUCUUUUCAAGAUUGGUGUUGUAUUGUCAAGUUGAACUCAGGCUCACUAGUGAACAUAAAACAUGGGUUUUUUUUUUUCAUCACACCCAAAAUUUAGAGCAAAAAACAAACGUGGCUGCAUGCUGGAGGGGCAAACCACACACACACAUACACAUAUUUUGGCAAUGUAAGAAACUCGAUAAAUUUUGGGGCUGAGUGAAAAAAUAGACACAUUAUUCCGGUUAUAUUUGGGAAAUAUAAAGCAAUAUGUGGACAAUAAAGAUGUUUGCCUUCUAAACACAUUAUUGAUGCACGCAAGAUAGCGAUCACUAGAAACUGUGACAAAGUAGAUACAUCUGAGAAAGACUGGCUAAAUAUUGUAACAAAAAAUGUACAUCAUGGAAAAGAUGAUCUAUAUACUUUGAAAGAAGAGGUGUUCCAAGACACGUGGAGAAAAGGGACUCUUCAGGAGUUCAAUGGAAACAAGAGAAACUUGAUAAUUUUGAAGACUGAAGGAAGUUAACAUAAUAUUGCAACUUUUUUGUCUCUUUAUUAUGUUUCAUUUUCUUCUUUUCUCUUGUUAAGUAGGGAGUUAACUAGAAGUUCAUCGCAACUGAUCACAUUUCGAACCAGAAUGAUCCAAUUUAGCUUCCCGCUGUACUCAUUAAUAUAAACAUCA